AGCCCUGGUGGCUCGUUAGAACCCCCCAGCCGCCGAGACCGAAACCAAACAUCCAUGUGGCGGUUAGCAGCUCUGCCGCUGGCACUGGCGGUGCCGCGCUUUGAUAUCAACUUGGAUGCUCCUCCAAGAGAGCGGUUCGUUGAGGUGGCCACAUACUACAAAGAGGAGAUUCUUGCCAUGAUGAAGGCAUGGGAAGAGGUGCUCGAAAGGGACUUCGCUCCCAGCGAGCAGGCCGACUGGGUGCGAUUCGGAGCGCCGCAGAGUGAAGAAUUCCAGGAGGAGCUGCUCGGAAUGCAUGAGGCAGUUGGAUCGAAUGUGAGCUUGAAUUCCAUGCUCUUGUUCAAUCUUCUUUAUGAGAUGGGAUCACCAACUACCGCAUGUUCCGGUUUUCUGGCGGCCAACGAUGAUGGUCAGGUGAUCCAUGGGCGUAACAUGGAUUAUAUGCUUCAGUUCACGAUGCCGGAUGGAGCGAGGAAAGAUUGGCCGGACAUCACCUUCGAGGCAACCUUUUGGAAGGGUGGCCAAAAGCUCUUCCUGGCCAUCUCAUGGCCUUUGUACCUAGGUGUGCACACUGGGAUGCGCUUCGGUGGCUGGACCUUCGAACAGAACACCCGCCUAGGGAUGAAUCAGAAAGACCUGAACCUUGCAGCCGCCAAGGAGGGAGGUAUCAUGUAUGGCUACAAGAUCCGGCACCUCCUCGAGACGAUUCCCACCUUCGAGACGGCCUUGCGGGAGAUCAACGCAACACAGUUCAUGGCUCCUCAAUAUUUUAUGCUCUCUGGUGCUGGAAACAAUGAAGGUGCAGUGAUCAGCAUGGAUCGCAUGGGAGCACAGAGCCUCAUCAAUACGCCAGCCAUACGACGCCUGGGAGGUGCGAACUGGUUCCUGCUCCAGACCAAUGAUGAUGCGAACAAAUUGCCUUUAGAUUUUCGACGACCUGUUGUAAAGUCGUAUUUGCAUUGGUACACGAAGGAAGAUGUCUCGGUGAACUUCGUUUGGGACGUGAUCCACAGCUUUCCGCUGAAGAAUGCCUUAUCGGUCUUCACUUGGGUCGCAGUGCCCCGAACGAACUAUUCGCAGCUGGUGCUGCGUGGCCAGGAGCCGAGACUGGAGGAGGUGGCACUUCUCGUGGAGCCCCAUACGGACGAGGUGCACCUUCUGCAACGGUUCCUGAAGCGUCAUGGGACCAAGGGAUGGAAACACGUGAUUUCCAACGAGGGCCUGCGACUGGAACCCUGAAAUUUCUUGGCGGCACUGCGCUACGCUGGCGCAGUGCCAUGUGAAACAAGUGCCUGACAAAGUAGUGUCAUGUUUUCUCGUGUCCCAUCAGGCAAGAAAUGAGGCGCAGCUCUUCAAGAUUAGACGAGCUCUGUGGAAGAGCUUGUGUGAGUGUAUGUGAUUCCCACAGCCCACGUGUGUUAGAGCCAAUGCAGCCUGCAGUAGAGGCAGCUGUGUGUCCGAGGAGCUAUGGCAGAGAGCCGUGAGAA